UAAAAUCAGAUAGCCAGAGCCUGUCCAUGUUACAACACAUUCAACUCAGUCUGCACCUAACGGUCUAGUAGUGUACAUCCAUCAUCUCCUCGACGAAAGCCCAGACAGAAUCGCUCCGCGGGCUAACUCCAAUUAACCUCCAAGCGAAAGUUAUAAUAACAUUAAAAAAACAAGCAGGCCCGGCCCCUGCCGAACGGAGUUGCCGGUGGAGCGAAGCGGAGCUGGCCUGCCGGCGGCGAUGGUCGGGCCUUCGGCCCGACCAUUUAAGUCUCGCGAUUUACUGAAGUGCAUCAUCAAAUAAAUAAUGUGACCGAUCGUCUUGUCACAUGGUACAUCUUAGGGACCCAGCAAAAUUAUUCCAAGACCAACGAGGUGUCCGGAGCAGACCCAAAAGACCACGAUUUCAUCGUUGUUUGCUCUGGUUUUUAGAUGAUCACGUCGUGGACCUUUGAGGCAUGUCGUGUUUUGAUUAACCUGGACGUCACAGCGUCAAUUAAGUUUGUGCACGAUCAUCAAUGCAAACAAAAAUUACUACAAAAAAAUAAAGGCCAUGUUCUAUCGACGGAGCAAUUGUCAGCACCGCUAGGCAGUAAUGUGUCAUAUCCUUGGGCUAAUGUAAACUGCGCAGAGAGUGACAGGAGCCUUGUCAUCACCAAAGAGUUACCACUGAAUCGAUUCGUUUCAUCAACCUCCUCAUUUGUUCCAUUCACAUGGACGUUUGAAUUUUGUGACAUUUUGGAUAAGAGCUCGUCUAUGUUUCACACUGCUCAUCCAGAGUGUUGCGUGAACAUGCUUCUGCAUAAGGAGACAUUAGUUUUGUCAGAGUUAGCGCUACGCGCACAUGUUUUAGAUGAGAAUGAGGUGCCUAAUGCGAAAUUAAUGCGAACAUGCAGUAUCUGCAGCCAACACAUUCUGCGCAAAACACCGUGGAUAGACAGCGUUUCAACAUCAACUAAGGAACUUUCAUAGACAGCCGAUUGUUCACCAGCGCUUGUUCUACCAAAAUUUCGAGAAAGUGUAGCGUGGGCUCCAACGCUUAUUCUACCAGAAUUUACAGAGAGUGUAGCGUGGGAUAAGUAAUAAAAAAAAUGAACUUACAGAUAUAAGAAGUUUAUAACAUUUAUUUUGUCCUGUUUACAAUUGCAUUUGGCAAGCGCAUAUUGAAGACUUCCUGUUUGUUUU